AUGAAGUUUAGCAAAACUUUAAAAGAGAAGCAAGUACAAGAAUGGCGAGCAAAGUAUUUAAAUUAUGAAGCUUUAAAAGGAAGCAUCACACAGCCCGAGCAAGUCUUUAUGCACCAGCUGGGCAAGGAGAUAGAGAAAGUAGAGGUCUUCUACAAAGUGCUCGAAAGAGGCGUUCUCAGGGGGCUUGCAGAUCUGCUGGAGUUCUUCCCCGAGGAGGAGUUCCCGCACGCGUACGAGCUCGUGUACGCCAACUGGAAGCUUGCGAUGGCGAAGUCCGCGGGAGUCCGGCAGAAGAAGAUCCGGCACGAGAGACACGCGAAGAAAAUAACCAAGAAGGCGCAGGAAAACAAGAUACUCGAGUACUACGUGGCGCUGAACAAAGUCCUGCAGUACAAGAGAAUGAACAUGACAGGAUUUCGGAAGAUACUGAAGAAGUACGACAAGCUGAACGGAACGUUCACACAGGACAAAAAGAUGGAGGAAAUCCGGACCCGCACAGUCUUCAUGCAGCAAACGAUAGAGGAAAUCAUGGAGUUCACGCGGUACAUCCACAAAGAAAUAACCCCAGACAAGAAGAGAGACAGAGCAAAGCGAAUGGUUGUGGAUCUGACGCAGGAGGACGCAGAGGGAGACGGGAAGAGCUUCUCGGCAGGAAUGAUGUGUGCGGCAGGCAUGUCGCUUGUUUUUAUGUCGAUAAAUUCCGGCCAGUUUGCAUAUUACGGGAUGCUCUACGCAUUUGACGCACUUUUUAUCACAUUUGGAAUUCUUUUUUACAUUUGCAGAAAGAAUCUGGUGAACUACACGCUCAUCCUCGAGCUGAAUCUGAAGCCAAAGUUCAAAAUAUCCAGAUACUUCCUCAUGUGCACGGGCAUGUUUUUUGCACACGCAGCAGCUGGAUACGCCGAACUGCUCUGGCCCAUCACGUACGGAGCAACUUUUCUGCUCUGCAUCUCCCCCGUGUACUUCUUCAGGGAGAUCCGCAUAUACUUCAUCCGGUCCAUUUCCGAGAUCCUGGGGUGCAUGUUUUUCGGGAGAGUCCACUUCAAGCACUUUUUCAUCGCAGACCACCUUCUGAGCGUGCGCCCCGUGAUUAUUACGGCACUCACCGUGGGCCUGAAAGAGCCCCCAGGCCACAUCCUGGCAGGAGCGAUAAAUCAGGUUCCAGUUGCCGUCAGAAUCCUCCAGUGCCUCCGCAGAUACUUCGACAGAAAGAAUAGAAUGAUGUUCCCGCACCUGUAUAAUACACUGAAAUACAUGAUAUCUUUUCUUAGCGACACCCUGCUCCUUCUCUCAGACCUUGUAAAUCCCUGGGUAUGCGGGUCCGUGCUUGCAGCCUCGCAGGUUUGUGGCUUCUACUGGGACGUCUGCGUGGACUGGAUGCUUUGGAGAAGGCCAAAGGUCUAUAGCACGAAGCUGUACUGGAUGGCGUGCAUUUUCAAUGCAGCAGUGCGGAGUACCUCCCUCGCAUACUUCGUAGCGUCCACAGCAGCGCACAGAUUCAGCUUCAAGCAAAAAGUCGCUGCAAGAUUUGCCAUGUCCUGCAUGGAAAUGGCCAGGCGUAUUAUAUGGGCAGUUAUCCGAAUUGAGGUGGAGCACCUGAAUAACUGCAACCAGCUUAAAGCCAUCAGCGGCCCACUUAGUGAGCUGUUCUACCUGGAAGACGACGGGCAGAUGGAGUAG